AUGCCUUCGCAAUUGCAUAAUAAAAUUUUCUCCUUUCAAUCACUGCAAUAUCGUCGUAUCGCCACUUUCAAUGCCUCGAGCCACCACAUCAGCUGCCUCGCCGUCCACGAUAACCUCCUCUACGCCGCCGCCGUCAACGAAAUCAGCGUCUUUGAUCUAUCGAACCACUCCAUUAUGGAUUCUUUUAACGAUGAUCCCACCACCGGGUUCGUCAAGUCCAUUGCAUUCAAGGAAACCAAAAUCUUCACCGCUCACCAGGACGGCAAAAUCAGAAUCUGGAAAAUCAACACCCCUUCCAAAAAACACCACCUUAUUUCCACUCUCCCCACCGUUAAAGACCGGCUCCUUAAUUCCAUGUUGCCGAGGAAUUACGUUAACGUAAGGCUUCACAAAAAGAAGCUUUGGAUGGAACACUGGGACACGGUCUCGGGUUUGAUCAUAAACGAGGCAAAGGGGGUAAUGUAUUCGGUUUCGUGGGACAAAAGUUUCAAGAUAUGGAACUUAAAGACCCAACGUUGUUUAGAAUCCGUUAAAGCUCAUGAUGACGCCGUUAACGCUUUGGUUGUUUCCGACAAUGGGACGGUUUAUACGGGCGGCGCCGAUGGGUUGAUUAGAAUCUGGGAAGUAGCGGUAAGCGAGAGACGGCAUGGUUUAGUGGGAACACUAGAUAAGCAUAAAUCCACGGUGAAUGCGCUAGCUUUAAAUGGCGACGGAACGGUGUUGUUUUCCGGUGGGUGUGAUGGUUCAAUCAUGGUGUGGGAGAAGAGAGAUGAUGAUACUCAGGUGGGAUUUGUGGAAUCAUUGUGUGGUCAUUCGGCGGCGAUAUUGUGCUUGAUCAACGUCGGGCAUUCGUUUAUUAGUGGCUCAUCUGAUCGGACAGUGAGAGUCUGGCGACGUGGGAAAGAAGAAGGUGGUUUCCACUGUUGUUUAGUUCUUGAGGGACAUGAAAAACCUGUGAAGUCGUUGGUAGCAGUUGAGAGACGUGUGUUUGACGGCGUCGUUUUGAUCUGUAGUGGAAGUUUAGAUGGAGAAAUUAGGGUUUGGGAGAUCUCCACAUGUUCAAACUUCAAAAUCUCUAAAAUAAAUCAUAAGAACUCAAUAAAAGUCUCUUGA